CGCGCGCGCAUUGUAAUGUGAGAAAGAGAGAAGCACCGUUGACCGGUGGCUCAGUCAGAUCGGUCAACGCGCGAACGAAGGAGGCCGCGUGUCGUCGACGCGUGUCGGCGUUGACGAGCUUCCGUCAUCGGCUAAAAGGAAUGACGGCGGGACGCGCGUCGCUUAGAAACACUGCGUUUAUUCGGUAUUCGACGGUUCUGUUGUGCCGCGGACUUGGCGAAGCUCGUGCGCGCCUCCGAGCGAUCGGGACAAACCACCGCUAGCCGAUUAGACAAUUGCUCGGGUUUCUUUUAGCGGGGACCCCUACCUCGCGGCCCAACAUCGCGCAUGUACACCGUAGCAACGGCGAUAUAAGCUGUUGCAGCUGUUGGCCCGUGGUUAUUUGUAGUUUCGAGCCUUGACAACGCUGUGCGCCUCCUUUCGCCCGUUGCUCGGUAGACGCUCGCGCCGCAGCGAUGUCGCAGAUCGAUCGAAUUUACGGGGCCAUGCGCGACGACACCGAGGCCCAGAGGGGCCCGCGCGAGCAGAGCCAGAUUUGCCAGCGCUUCGAGAACAAGACGCUCUUCGUCACCGGCGCCACGGGCUUCAUGGGCAAGUGCCUGCUGGAAAAGCUGCUCAGGAGCGUUCCCGUCAAGCACCUCUACAUCCUGAUGCGAGAGAGGAAGACCGGCACGCUCGAGGACCAGGCCAACAAGUACUUCAAACACGUGAUUUUCGACGUUUUGCGCAGAGAAAAUCCGAAUUUCCGAGAAAAAGUAACAGUAAUAAAAGGCGACUUGAUUUCCGACGGCUUAGGCCUAUCUAGAGAAGACAGAAACACUAUCGUACGCGAUGUGGAUAUAAUGUACCAUAACGCUGCCAACGUGAAAUUCGACAUAAGGAUAAGUUUGUCGUUAAAAAUCAACGUGCUUGGAACAUUGAAAAUGCUCGAAUUAGCACGAGAAUGCAAGAAACUGAGCAUAUUUAUAUACAUAUCAACAGCGUAUUCGCACUGUUACCGGAAGAAAAUCGAGGAAGAGUUUUACCAUUCGCCAGCCGAUCUGAAGGCCGUUUACGACGCCAUAAAGGCCGACGAGGGCACGCCAAACGGAUUAACGGAGGCCGCUUUAAAGACAUUGCUCGGCAAUCAUCCUAACAUUUACACUUACACCAAGUCGAUAGCUGAAGAUUUGGUCAGGCAACACUCCAAAGAUUGUGCAUUCGCAGUCGCCAUUUACAGGCCGAGUAUCGUCAUAUCCGCUUACAAGGAGCCGCUGCCAGGUUGGGUAGGGAAUUCCAACGGGCCUGUAAAUAUUAUACUCGGUGCUGGCCUCGGGAUGAUUCACACGGCCUAUCACCACGGUCAUCCCCUGGACUUCGUCCCGUCUGACUACACGAUCAACGCGUUGCUGGCGAUAACGUGGGACGUUCCUACCCGAUGGCAAAGAGAGCAGGGCGACGCGAUUAUUUACAAUUACAGCAGCAGCACCACCAAUCCCACCACUCUGCCGCAAUUGUACGACUACAUGAAGUACGAAUGGCGCGAAGCCUCCCCCAAGACCGUCUGGGUCAACGCCAUGUACUUCACCUCCAGUAAACUGUUGUUUUUCAUAUUACACCUGCUGUUCCAUUUUAUACCCGCCUGUUUCUUGGAUCUGUUUCUCAUUAUAAUCGGAAAGAAGCCCAUCGCCGUGUCGAUCUUCAUGAAAGUAACGCAGAACUUGGAUAAAAUUGACUAUUUCGGCAAUGGAAAUUGGAGAAUCUACAUGCCGAAAACAAUAGAGGUCAUGAACAAAAUGAACUCGACGGAUCGGGAAUUAUUUUGCUGCGACAUACGCGAACUCAAGUGGCAGCAUUACGUUUGGGUAAUGUGGAGAGGACUGAGAGUAUACUUCUUGAAAGAAGAUUUGAACAGCGACGCCGGUGUCCGAAGAUACACUCAAAUAUGGUAUAUUCACUAUGCAGUUCUCACAAUGUUUUUCGUACUUUUCUGCUACGUCGUCGUCAUGCCGUUGAUCAAACUGUGCAUCCAGUAGAACUAAAGCGAUGUCUUAUCCGAUCUUUGUUCGAGACUUGACGCUAAUUUCGAAGCGUGCUGGUGCGAGCUUGCGAGCUAAGUCCUUCGACAAAUCGAGACAAUCACUGAAUAGAAGCAGCAAACACGCAAAAUUAAGCUUAUUUUUAUUUUUAACAGCUCUCUGAUCUGUCAACUUGUACAAUUAAAUUAUGUCGAUUGAAAUAUGUGUUACGGCUUUUGUAUAAAUAUAAAUCUUGAUCCUGACAAUGUUACUGUGUAAAAUGAGUCGUAGUGUUUUUCUUAUUUAAUUAGUAACUCUUUCUUCGUAUGUAAUAGUUUCUUCUAAAUAAGUAUUAACUUUAGUAUCGAUUGAUAUUUUGAUAAAAACUGCGAGAUGGUAUACUGCCACCGAUCAGAAAUCGGUCUCUGAAUCGACUUACACGCGAACCACUGAAGUCGUUCUCCUCUGUAUUACACCUACCUCGAUUUGGCUUGCAUAAUUUAUAGAAAACUAAAAAUAAACUGUGAAUAGCAGCUCUGACGGUUUGCCCAAUCUAGAAUAUAAAUUCAGAUUGAGUUGCCGUCCCGGUACUAUUUUUUUUUUCAUAAAAAAUUAAUACAUCAACAUUACUGUGACUGAAGACUUCAAACGCUUGC